AUGUCCUCGCAAAAUCCUAUGAAAGAGUUGAAGAUCGAGAAGUUGGUCUUGAACAUCUGUGUUGGUGAGUCUGGUGAUAGACUUACUAGAGCCUCCAAGGUGUUGGAGCAGUUGUCCGGUCAGACCCCAGUUCAAUCUAAGGCCAGAUACACCAUCAGAUCCUUCGGUAUCAGAAGAAACGAAAAGAUUUCUGUCCAUGUUACUGUUAGAGGUCCAAAGGCUGAUGAGAUUUUGGAGAGAGGUCUGAAGGUGAAGGAGUAUCAGCUUGAUUCCAAGAACUUCUCUGAGAGUGGUAACUUCGGUUUCGGUAUUGCUGAGCACAUUGAUUUGGGUAUCAAGUACGAUCCAAAUAUCGGUAUUUUCGGUAUGAACUUUUACAUUGUUUUGGGAAGACCAGGUUUCAGAGUUGCCAGAAGAAGAAGAUGCAAGAACAGAAUCGGAAGGUCCCAUAAGGUUACCAAGGAGGAUGCUAUCAACUGGUUCAAGGCUAAGUACGAUGCUGUCGUUGUUGGCGCUUAA